GGGAUGACCGUGUUUUGGCCGACGAGGGCUGCUGGGGGCAAAACACGGGCGGGCAAAAGUAAAACACGGCCGUGUCCUCGACCGUGUUUUUCCCAGAAUCGGGUUUUUUAGGCAGAUUGAAGCCAAAGGAAAGGGAGAGCUGGGUUUUGGAUUCCAAACACCCUAGGGACGAACCAUAGGGAGAGAGGGCAAUUUGAGGGCUUUCUUGGAGUGGAACUGGAGGAUUUCUUUGCCUUGGAAGCUCGAGGAACAAGCCCGGACUUGAAGACUGAUCAUCUGAAGAUUCUUACUGUAGUCUCUCUCUUCUCUAUGGAGUAACUUCCCUUCACUUAGGUUUUGAGGAACCCUAGCUAUGUUUGUUUGAUUUGAUGAUUGUAUGAGUACUCUGACUUGAUAAUCUUGAGUUCAUAUUCAAUCUAUGCAUAUUUUAAUGAUUCAAUUCUGCUUUAGUCGAGAUUAUUGAUUCUGCUUUGAUCCUAUGAGAGCGAAUACCUGAUUAGGUCAAUAGAGCACCAUAGAUUGAUAGUAGUGGAUCGAUUGCUUUAGUCGAGGGUUGGUUCACUGCUUUGUAUAGAUUGAGAACCCCUUUCGAUAGAGGGAGUCUAGUUCAAAACGCCUUGAUCGGUUGUUCUAGAGAAGGAUACGUCCCUCAGGCAAUUGACUCAAGAGGGCCUUGUUCCUUUAGUCGAGACUCAAGGUCUAGUCAAGGAUUCUCCGCAUUGUGAAUGAAAGUGAAACAAGUUAGAAAUCAUCAAUCGUUAGUUUGGCUAGUGGCUAGGGGGAAUCAUACCUAAGUGAGUUCCCAACCUGUAAUUAGAUUAACUUUAACUUUAGUUUGCUAGAGUGGUUUUAGUUCUUCCUUAUUAAUCUGGUUUGCUAAAUAAUGAACUGAAGCUGAGUAAUAGUAACUCUAGAGACCCGUGGAUUCGAUAUUUAUUACUUGAGCCACUAUAUUGCAGUCCCUUCCAUUGGUUACACUUGGCCAUUGUUAGGAGUUGUGUCAUAGCGAGUCAUGUACACAGUUAUGUGUAUCAAUUGCAAUAAGUUGCUCGCUUUCGCACUACAACUCAUCAUCUUCUUGCUAACUCCCCAAUUUUGGAAUCAACAGACAAUCAAACAAUAAUGCACAAGAUGAGCAUAAGGUGUAAGAAAUCUCAAUAAAGGAGUAAAAACAAGACUCUGUGAAAGAAGAGAUGAACACACAUUCAGAAUAUUAGUCUAGAAUAUAUUAAAUAUUAGUUUGAUUUGUUUUACAAAUAUUCGAAUAAGUAUUCAGAAGCUUCGAACAAGUAUUCCAUACAAAUGAACAACUAUUCAUAAAUGUCGCACAAGUAUUCUAAGGCGCCGAAGAAGUAUUCAAAGCCGUAAAAAAUGUAUCCAGAGUGGUCUAAGAUUUUCAAAUCGAUUUAUGAAAUAAAAUUGAACUUAUUGCCCUUGUUUAAAUAAAAUACGGCAUAACAAACAAAAUAAAUAAUUAUUAUACUUAAGGUUUAGAGAGUGGAGAAGCAAGUUGACUUUGUCGAAAACCUUGUAUGACAACUUUCUCUCUAAUUUUUGCUUGACGGUGAGGAUGAGAAGGUGAGAGAGGAGGAAGUGAAUACCGAAGAGAAAGCCCUUGAUUGUUCCCAAGUGGAGGAACAAACUUUUGAAGAGAUAGGGAAGGUUGACGAGGCAUUUGCGGUCCAAGCAAAAGAUAAGGUUGUGGUGGAUGAGCCUUGCAAAAGCUACGAGUCUUGUGAGAGAUCCCCCACCAAACCUCGAUGAGAUAUUUGAGAAUGACCCUUUUGCAGGUUCUCUUCCCCAAGCCAAACUCACACCAUCAUUAAUCCCUCUUGGUGGAUGCAAUGGUGUUCAAUCCAUGAUGUCUUACAUUAUGUGUGGCAAAGAUAAGAAAGGAGGAGGAAAGAAGAAGAGAUAUUAUAGGUGUAGCCUCAAAUCUCAUCAAGUCCACGAGUCAUCAUCAUCACUUGUCAUUCCAAAUGCUCAUAACUUAGAAGUAGAAGAUGGAUAACACGAGAGAGAGUCAAUUCAUUGCUUUGUAAUGUGUGAGAACCUCACCCAUUAGAGGGAUUCUAGUGUAGAAUGCCUUUGUCGUUUGUAUUAGAGAAGUACACAUCCCUCUAAGUAAUCGACUGAAGAGAGUCUUAAUUGCUUUAUUUGUGAUUCAAGGUCUAGUCAGGACUCUCCGCAUUAUGAAUGAAGAGUGAUCAAGUUAGGUAAUUAUCAAUCAUUGAUCUAGUUAGUGGCUAGAGUGAAUCAAUGCCUAAGUGAGUCCAACCUGUAAUUAAUUAGAUUAAUUAGUCUUACGUAGCUUGUAGAGUAGUUUAGUUAUUUAAAAAUGAAUAUGUUUUGCUAGAUAAAAAACUAAAGUAAAGUAAUAGUACACCUAGAGACACGUGGAUUUGAUAUUUUAUUACUUACUUCCGCUAUACUGCACCUGAUCUCUAGUUAUACUUGGCCAUUGAUUGGAAGUGUAGUUAGAGCAAGUCAUAAGCCUAUCACUAGCUCGGGGGAGCAAUUGUUAGUAUAAGUGACACUGCUCCAGGAGACCUCAUUGCAAAUGAUUGUUUAAAAGGAAAACGUAAGGUGUCAUAUGAUUUUAAGUUUUUCAAGGAACAAUUGAAGCUCAUAAAAGAUGGGAACAUCGCCAAAAAGUCACUCACUGUGCUUCAUCCCGGAUCUGGAUCAUCCUCCCAAUCAGGAAGGGAUACUGCUGCUAAAGAAGCCACGAAAGAUGGAUACGUGUCUGAAUACGAAUUUGCUGCUGAAUACGAUUUCUAAUGCUUCAUAAAAAAAGUAGCAUCGCCAUUUUUUUAAAAUUCACAUAGCCUAACUUGUACUAAAAAGUUGAUAAUUCUUGUGAUGUUAAAAUGUUUCCAGAGACAUUUGCUAUAUGUUUUGUUUUUAUCUUACGUAGUUCGUGAAUAAAGUGGAGUCUACUUCGUCUUCUCUAUUGCAAUGUUAUUUCUUCCUCGAGUAUGAAAUGUUGCACCAACCCUACUGUUACCCUAUGCAGGACAGCUUAUUUCCCGGGCAUUGACCAGGUACGGGGAAGAUUGAUGAAUACUGAAGCUAGUUAAUGGCCACAGUUCACAGUCCAUAGACAAAGACAAUACAUUUGAAAUCACCAGAUUUAGAGUAAAAAAUGUGAUUCAUAUAAAAAGACAAGACAAUUGGGAUCGCCAAAGUUAAAUUAAAAAGGGCAUGGGGCAAUCGCUACAAUUCACAAAUCAGUAUAGGGAGAUAAUGGGUACUAAUCCUAAAACUGGGAACAUGUGGCAGAAAUGCAAAGAAAGCGGAGAUUGUUGAGAUCUUUCAUUUUUUUACCAUGAGAUGGGGAUGGUAAGUUCGAGCAAUCUGCGCCUGAAAAUAUAUUUAUUUGCUAUUUGUGUAAAAUAUCAAUACAAAAAUCAUCGUCCAUCAAGAUAAAAGGACCUUUAAAGA